GAGGAGAAGGGCCACAGUUAGUUAAAGUAGUGAUAAGGAAGCAACUCUCUUUUUACGAUUAACAGCCAAUCAUCAAACCUUCCUUCAAAUAUAACUUCAAAAUCAUGCUUUAAACCACUCUUGAUAGCACUCCCAAACCUUCUAAUUUGAAAAACACGCACAUAUACUCUCGUAUAUAUAGAUCUCUCUCUCUAUCAACACAGACACUCACUAUGCGUCGACGUUUUUAGAUCUCUUUCGCUUAUUUGGUUCAUCGAUCUGGUCUGCUGCAGGUGUACUUUCUAAUGGAGAAAAGUGUGUCUCCGCCAUCGGAUUCAAAAGCCAUCUUCCCGCCAUGCAAAUCCCCGCCUAUUGCGUCUUCUCCACCGUCUGAUCAUCUUGGUACUCGACAGUUUGCUUCCAAUUUCACCACAUUGUAUCACUCCAUUUUGCCGCCAAAACCAUCUCCGCUUCCUUCUCUCUCGUUUUCACUAACCUCUUCCACCUCUUCCCCGUCCUCCGCCGCUACUAUUGAUGAUUUCGAUACUGAGAACCGCCUUCACCAGGCGCGUCUUAUUUUGGAGUAUCAAGAGCUUUGCGACCAUUACGAUCUCUCUCUUGCUCGCCUCCAACUUUUAACCAAAGAUAUUGACUCGCUUCGCCAAGAGAAUACCAAUCUCAGAUACGCCAAUAAUGAGCUUGUUAAGCUUCUCAGUCUAUCUUCCAAGGCUGCGAUUCAAAGCCGCUUUAGCAGCCGCGAGAUGGUUGAACCGAACCGGUUCGACGGGAAUACAGAGCGAGUCUCGUUGCCGAAGAGCAUUUCUGUCCGGUCUAGUGGUUAUCUGAAAAUGAAUCGAGCCGCUGCAAGCAAUGGCGGUCAGAGUAGCACUUCAGCUCGGCAACGGGUUCCGAGUCAUUUCGAUCAAUUUGUCUCUGGAUCGUUGCAUCAGCGAGUGUGCGUGCCAGGAGGAGUGAAAAGGGAGAACGCAGCCGUGGAGUUAGAUGUGUACAAUCAAGGGAUGUGGAAGACAGAGCUGUGCAACAAAUGGCAGGAGACUGGUACGUGCCCUUACGGUGAUCAUUGCCAAUUCGCUCACGGGAUUACAGAGCUGCGUCCCGUUAUAAGGCACCCCAGGUACAAAACUCAAGUCUGCAGGAUGGUUCUUGCCGGUGAAGCAUGUCCCUAUGGUCAUAGGUGCCACUUUCGCCACUCUCUUAGUGAGCAGGAGAGGCUAAUGGGCCCACAUUGAUCUGUUUUUCUUGAUGGGGAAAGGGAAAUGUAAAGAUUAAGUAAAUGCUAAUGGGAUAUGUAUAAUCAAUAUAUAACUGAUAAAAAAAAUGGCGUAGAAGAGAGAUGAGAACUGAUAAAUGAGGAGUACUAAUAAAAUAUAUCAAGGAAAUACAAUAAUUAGUAAAAUUGGGGAUAAUAAGGUCAGUUAAUAAAACUUUUUGUAUGAGAGGUUAUAGUCGUUAGUUAGAGAAUUGGAUAUUCUUGGUUGUUGUAGGAAAUACUUGUAAAUUCUGUUGUGAAGCUGGUUGGGAUAGGGCCAUGAACAACCAACCAAAACUACUAGACCAAACUUCAAGCCUGUGAUGAUGAUAUUUUGUUGUGCAAUGCUACGCAACCUUCAUUCCAAGUUAGUUAUGCUCUCCCUUCCAAAACUCUCUCUCACACACACCACACACAUACAGACACAUACACGGUCAUCAAAUUAGAUCAUCUUUGUAUUGUUGCAAUUUCAAUUGUGAACUGUGUGAUGCUGAUGCCUGAUGAUGGGAGCAGGCACUUGGUCCUAUGUAUAACCUAUGAGUGUUCCUUUUAAGUUCCAUGUAAUUUCACACGUAAAAGGAAUGUUGAUGUAUGCUUUUAUAUAGUA